UUUUUUUUCCUUCUGCAAACGGUCCCUCCCACCUUAAUUUCGUGCUCUUCCCACACUUCGCCUCCCCACCGGAUCUCCCUGUUUAGUUAGCAGCUACUGUUCAACUUCCCUCACCGGUUGAACAACCAGGCAUCCUUUUCUUUUCCUUCAUUUAUUUAUUUUCAUCAUUUCGAAACCACCGACCUCCGUAUUUCGAGCGAUGGACGGGGACGAAGGCUACUAUUACACUGGCCAGACUCCGUUCAGACAGCCCAAUGAAUCCAAAUUGCGCUACCAUGCUCGAAGGCUGGUCUCGAUACAGACCCUAAGCCGGUUAGAGUACACGGUCGAGGAAGCAGAAACCAAGUUCAACCGAGCCCUGGGACCUAUCGAGCUCACCUUUGUCGGACUUGGUGCUGUGGUCGGCAGCGGUGUCUUUGUUAUACUAGGCAAUGCUGCUGCAACCCAGGCUGGUCCUUCCGUCACGGUCUCUUUCAUUCUCGGAGGCAUUGUUUCUGGAAUCGCUGCGCUCUCAUAUGCCGAAAUGGCCUCUAUGAUUCCCAUCGCCGGCUCUGCGUACACCUACGCGUACGCGACCGUCGGAGAGCUUCCCGCUUGGAUCAUUGGAUGGAAUCUGAUUCUGGAGUACAUGAUUAGCGCUGCAACCGUCUCGAUCGGCUUCUCCUCGUACUUUGUUGCAUUCAUUAAGGAUGCUUCCGGCACGGAGCUCUCUGAGAAAUGGACCAUGGCGCCCAUCACCUGGAGGGACAAUAACUUUAAUAUGUCGGGCGACUACUUCAACGUACCUGCGUUCAUCAUCUCAGCCGUCGUUACAGUGACCAUCUAUUUUGGGAUCCAUCUCACAGCCAGGAUCAAUAACGUACUCGUCGUGUUCAAGAUCUUGGUGCUGGUUAUCAUGAUCUUUGCAUUAAUCCCGUUUAUCAAGAAUGAAAAUUAUCACCCUUACGUCCCACCCAACACAGGGAACUACGGCGAAUAUGGUACUUCUGGGCUGCUACAGGGCGCAUCGUCAGUGUUCUUUGCGUACAUUGGGUUCGAUAGCAUAUCGACCACUGCACAGGAAGCAAAGGAGCCACAGGUCAACAUCCCCAUAGGAAUCAUGAUGACCCUUCUCAUCAGUGCCACGAUAUACAUCUCCCUCAGCGUCGUCGCCGUCGGCGUUGCGAAGUAUACGGCCCUGGGCGGCGGAUCGCCACUCGUCGACAUGGUUCGGAUGACAAAGAUGCGCUGGCUUGUGCUGCUGACAGAGCUGGGUGCGCUGGCUGCAACAACCUCUGUGAUUCUCGUGCUUUUGAUCGCACAGACGCGUGUCUUUUACGCUAUGGGGAAUGAUGGACUCAUCCCACGCGCUUUUUCGAAGGUCCAUCCAAAAUACAAGACGCCCUAUAUCUCGACUGUGAUUUCUGGAACCAUCUGUGCUAUUUGUGGAGCAUUAUUGCCUACUCAAGUCCUCAGUGAUAUGUCCUCCAUCGGAACCAUUUUUACGUUCUUUGUCGUCAACAUUGGAGUCAUCAUCCUCCGCUAUACCCGCAAGACCGUGCCGCGCCGUUUUAAAGUGCCUGGAGGUCCAUUCUUAAUUCCGGGCAUCGGCGCAGCCACGUCGUUAUUGCUACUACAGGGCGCAAAGCGAGAAGCCAUCAUCCGGUUAUUGGUCUGGAUGGCAGUGGGCGUGCUGGUCUACCUUGUCUAUGGCAGAACCCACUCUGAGGUCAACAACCCACAGAUCGUCCCAGACGAACCGAUGCAGGUCUUGCAUGAGAACUUUUCUGCCGAAGGUGUAAACUAUCAGCGCUACGAGGGAUACACGGAUGAGUAUCUUCAACGACAGUGCGAACGACAGAUGGCACGGAGAAUGGGACAUGGAGAAUAUCCAGAGGGAGACGUAGCCAUGGAGCACAACCGCGAAAUAUACCAAAGGGAGGAGGAGGUCGAGACAGGAGGUGGUGGCGUUGGGAACGGCCACAGACCGAGAGAGGAAUCGAGCUCGAAUGAUUCGUCCACUGCGUAUGAAACAAUACAAAGUCGAGGAACCGCCCAUGUUCAUGAUGGUCAAGGCGCUAUACGCUAACUAAUAAACACCAUCACCGUCUGACUAGAGGCGUCCAUGAUUCUUCAAGGAGAAGACAUCU